CAGAGCCUGCUCUCUCUCUCUCAAUAAAUAAAUAAGCGAUAGCUCAAAGCUCUCUUGUCUUUCUCUCAAGAUAUGUUGAAGGCGUGGAAAUGGUACCAGAGCUGCCUAUCGGUUCACCCCGUGAAGACGCAGGUCAUCAGCUCCGGCGUCUUGUGGGGCGUCGGCGACGUCGCCGCCCAGUACAUCACCCAUUCCACCGCCAGGAAGCGCCUCCAGAUUUCCGAAACAGAUGCUAAAUUCAAAGUUAACUGGAAACGCACAGCUGUUACAAGUUUGUUUGGGUUCGGCUUUGUAGGCCCUUUAGGCCAUUUGUGGUAUGAUGGGCUCGACAGAUUCAUAAGACUCAGGUUGCAAUUACCACCAAAUUCUGCCAAGUUUGUUGCUGCUAAAGUGGCAAUGGAUGGGAUCAUCUUUGGGCCCUUUGACUUGCUUGUUUUCUUCAGUUACAUGGGAUUUGCUGCCGGUAAAAAUGUCGCUCAAGUGAAGGAAGACUUGAAGAGGGACUUCCUCCCGGCUUUGAUUUUGGAGGGUGGAGUUUGGCCACUCGUUCAAGUCGCCAACUUCCGAUACGUCCCCGUCAGAUAUCAGCUCCUCUACGUCAAUAUGUUCUGCUUGCUAGAUAGCGCUUUCUUGUCAUGGCUCGAGCAACAGAAGGACGCUCCUUGGAAGCAGUGGUUCACAUCUUUUCACUCCUUGAAGGAAGGAGGAGGAGGUCAGGGCAGAUGACGAGGAUGUUCUCUGACUCUUCAGUUGUGCCCGAGCGGCGAGCGAGCGGCGCAGGUGAUUUAUACGUGUCCCAAGGAAGCACGUCCAAGUUUGUGCAUUACAAAGCUGUCAAUGGAGGGGCCAUCAAUCCAAUCUCUCCAGUUCACAAAUGCUAAUUGGCUCUUACUUCUGAUGAGAUACAGAGUCUGAUUUCCGCCCUCCACAGAACAGAAUGAAAUCAUGAAUCUUCCAUAAGAGCAGGGACAUAUAUUGACAUUGUUGUAUUCAUCGCUGUAGAUCUCAAUCUGGAUAUGAACAUGCCAAGUACGGUAGUCGUCACG